AUGACGAAGCUAUGGGGCCUCGAUCUCAGCGAGCUUCGCUGGAACAAACUGCGCAGCGAGAACAUGUGGUACAACCGCGACUAUCACCACAGGCGGACAAGGUUCAUCUGCUAUCAUGCGGCCACGAUAUUCUGUGUUAUCAGUGAGUGUUUGGGGACGAAGGCACUGGCCGACUACGCCAGUAUCCAGCCCUCCAUCGCCGCGAGCACACAGCCCCCUUUCCAAACCGACACCACUCUCUUCAUCGCCGCCGCUGCCUUCAACAUCUUCGCUGGCGUCUACGUCGCCGCCGUCUUCGGCACCGCCUUCUUCUUCGACCUCUUCUGGCCCGACCGCAAGGAGAGUCGCGCCGUCAAGCGGGCCUGGGCCAUUUGCUCUGUCCUGGCCUGCUGCGUCACACUGACCUCCGUCGCCUUUCUGACGCACGUCGUCUCGAACAAGUCUGUGCGCGUCACGGACGAGAUGGGUGUUGACAGGGUUCUGACAGACUACCAUGGCCCGCCUCUGAGGUACAGUGAGAAUGCCUUCGCCGUCGCUGUUACGGCUUUCAUGUGGGUGGGUUGCUUGUGCACCUUCCUCAGCACAGUCUACCUCAUUGAGAAUCACUUCCACAUCAGAAAGUUCGGGGCCAAGUCC